CUUUUCGUGCGCUGAAACGGAUGCGGAUGUUUUUAGUCCGCGAGCUCGUCGUGCUUACAGGGCAGCACGUCCAUGAGGUCCACGAGCACGCCUUCUUGAGGACCUGCGACAACAAGACGACGCAUGUAGAUUAGAAAGAGGGACGACGUCAUUUAGAGCAGUUGAUUUUUGUUAUCGAGGCUCGCGCGAUGCGAUUGGUCAUGCUUGCUUUCGAGUUUUCUGUGCCGUGCAUUCUCGGUUGGCAUGAGCUACUGGAGAAACGAGGAAGUAUGGAGUAAUCGCUAUCAAUUCUUGCAUUGGGCUUUCGGCUUGCUUCCUCCUCUCGGAACGAGAAUUUAAGAUCGCUACCGAGAGGAGAAGGCUGAACUCCUGAGCGCUGAUAUUGCUUUCAAUUUCCGAUUAUCUUAGAUUGAAGUAGAGCAGGUUCUUUCCGUAGAUUUCGGUCGAUCGUCGUAGUCUAGGUCGCAUGGCAGUGAGGGAAUGAAAAUUUUUCUGUAGGGUAUCCCUCGACCAGUUAGCAUAAGAACUGAACGAAUGGAGCGGAGGAUGUUAUUGUGGCCUGAAAUGGCAGAGUUUUGUAGGAGAAGAGUUGAAGACCGGAUUUCGGUGACAGCUCUCCUAGUGACAUGUCGACUAGUUCUACCAAGGGAACAUGUUUUCUAGGCCUAAGCAGUCAGACAGCGUUCGAUUUCCUACAGACAGGCAGUUAUAAAACUUGAAGCUGCCGCAAACGGAAAUGAGCUGAGGCUCGCAGGAAAUAUUUAAUUGAACUAAAUUUAGCAGUUUGUAUCGAAGCUAGUCGGAACUCGACAAGAGAGCGAUGGAAAAUCGAGUGUUAUGGCUUCUGUGGUUAACUGGAGCAUUUUUCUUGGGAACUGCUUUUUACACUUCGAGGUUGAUGUCAAUAAUGUGGGUGGCUCCGAGAACGAUAGAAAGUCUCGAAGAAAGAUCCCCGUAUGGAUGGCUUUCAGCACCAGUUGAAGAGCUGGCAGUGACUAUAUUCACUGCUCCGGGUCCCCUUGUUGGGGACGUGGGGUUUCGUCAGAAGAUGGCAAUUCAGUCCUGGUUACGUCUGGUGCCGUGCCCCAAAGUGGUUUUACUUGGUCAGCAUUCAUCGCUGACUGACUUUGCUGCAGGGAAGUCUCAUGUCACAGUGGAGGAUGAUAUUGACUUCACAUUCUCUGGACAAGCAAUGUUUCAUGGAAUGGUGCAACGAGCUCUGAGAGUACAGUCUGGUGUUGUUGUGAUGAUAGAUUCGGAGUUGAUCCUGCUUCCCCAUGUAUCAGUAGUUCUGAGGAGUCUGCAUGCAGUCGAUCACGACUGGCUGCUCACUGGUCUACCUCGAACUGUCGACGAUUUUCCCUACUCUCUCCGGGAUGAUUGGCUUCAAGCUCAUGGCGUCCAAAUUGAAGAUGAGAAAGUGAAUGCAUACGUGAAGGCAAACGGAAACUGGAUCAUCGGCGGGGUCGCACAGUUUUGGGCUUGGAAUGCAAACAGUCGACCUCUUCAUGCAGGGGUGAUGCCUCCUUUUGUCUUUAAACAGGGUCAGCACGAUUCUUGGUUACUCGCAGAGGCACUUACUUCGAAGUACCGCCUUGUUAUUGAUGGAACUGAAGCCUUGAACGUGUUUCGUAUAGUAAACACGAUGGAUGGGAAUGAACCAAAAAAGACGAGGGAGAUCAGAGGGAACAUCGAGCUGGCAUCCACAUAUGGGUCGUACCAUUUUAGACCUUCCAAACUAUCGGACGUUCCCUUCAAGCUCGUUACAUGUGGUGGUUUACAAUCGAAGACCUUCUGUAUCGUCAAUCUCUCCCAGCAACCCUGUGUCUGCUCAGCUUUGCAUCUACCAAUCAAAGCAAGGGGCGAGCAAGAUUUAAGAGAGAGCAGUAGAACAAGAUGGCCACAAACCCAGGAACAUUUUAGAUCUUGGUUAGAUCUCUUCCUACAGAGAGAUGCAAAACUCCUCAACAACUGGAAGAGUACAGAAAGUAGCCUAAUAGUGGGAAGCGAUUCUUGGACACAGAAGGUAAUGAAUUUUUUGACUCAGCGUAUGCUGGGUCCAAGCACAUUACCCACAAAGCAAGGCUUGGACUGCGGCUGCGAUAAUCAAGCCUCGAAUCGUAGAGUACUAUCUGAGAAGUCCGAUUUUGUUGAAUCAGAGAGUAUAGAAGAAGUGCCUUACUCUCUCGAGAACUUGCUAAAAAAGCGUGCAAGUGCUGAAAACGUGGUGAUCCUGGCCGUGGUGGGGAAUAGCUACCGUGAUAUGUUGAUGAACUGGGUUUGCCGGUUGAAGCACCUGAACGUGUCAAACUACUUGGUGUCAGCCAUAGAUGAUGAUAUCUACCGGUUUGCUGUUCACCAGGGUUUGCCAGUAUUCAAGAGCCGCAUCACAAUGAAUGUAAGCCGCAAUGAGUGCCACUUUGGCACUCAGUGCUUUCAGAAAGUGACGAAAAUGAAGUCACGCACAGUACUGGAAAUACUGAAAUUGGGUUACCACGUUCUUUUCAGUGAUGUGGAUGUGUACUGGUUCCAAGAUCCUUCGCAAGAACUAAUGGCAUUUGGUCCGGGCCACAUGUGUGCGCAAACGGAUCAGUGGAAUGCAAGUGAACCACUAAACCAGCCCCGAAGAUUAAAUUCAGGAUUCUACUUCGUAUGGUCGGAUAAUCGAACAAUUGCAGCCUUCAGCAACAUCGUACAACAUGCAGCCAACUCUGAAAAGUCGGAGCAGCCCAGCUUUUACGAUGUUCUGUGUGGUAAUGGAGGAAUAUAUACAGUUGGAAAUGAUUUGUGUGUGCAGCCUAUUUUCAAUGUUACUGUUCACUUUUUGGAUCCUGCAAAGUAUCCAAACGGGGCUUUCCAAAGAUUAUGGGAAAAGAAGAAUGUGAGGGAAGUCUGCGAGGCCCAGGGUUGCAGAGUUUUGCAUAAUAACUGGGUGAGUGGAAGGAAGAAGAAGCUGGAGAGACAGUUUACGACAGGUCUUUGGGAUUAUGAUGCAAAAACUCGCUUGUGCACGAGGAGCUGGGGCUAAGCUACAGCUCACCCGUAUGCAUAAGAAAUUAUUCAGCACAUUCAAUGUACCAAUAUGCAAGUAAAAAUAAGUCAAAGCCGC